AUGCCACCCCGCAGGAAACGGAACGUCCUAGACGAUUCCGACAGCGAGGACGAAAAGGCCCGCGAGCAACGGAAGACGAGCCUGCGGAACUUCUUUUCGCCUAACAAGACAGUCUCGACUUCGACGGGCGGUGCGUCGGACGCAUCUCCAGCAAAGUCGGCAGCAGCAAUACCAACAACGCCGACAGCCUCGCCCACGCCCACACGAAGAACACGAGUCAUUGCCGCCCAUACAAAGACACCGACCAAGUCCCCAUCGAAGAACUCCAAAGCAGUAGCCGCCACGUCUCCCGCACCCAGCUCUCCGUUCAGCCGCAUUCUCUCCAGCCGUGUCAAGGACAGCAACAGCAAGAAUGGCGCAGCGGGCACCAGUGGAAAUGCAAACGGCGGAGGGUCGGCUAGUGCUGGCUCCAGUCCAUGUCCGAGUCCCGAGAAGCGGCGUGGCAACAAGGCCCUCAAGGGCCAGGUCGACGAGCGCGGCAAGUCGGCUGACCUCGUGGCCCUCUUCACAAAGCAGGCCGAGAAGGCCCAGAACUCGCCGCCCAAGAAGACCGUCCGGCUGGCCCUCGAUGUUGACAUGGGCAGCGAUCCCAUUGCAUCCGAAGACGACGACAUAAAGGACGACGACGGCGGCAUCGCGGAGAGCAGUGCCGUUGUGGCGAGCUAUGUCGGCAGCCGCGCCCAGAAACGGUGGAAGAGCAGCACAAACGGGUCGGCAGCGAUGUCGAAUCUGUCGAAUCUGUCGAGCCAGCAACUGCCUUCGUCAUUACCACUCUCCUCCUCCUCCGCACUUCCAAUAUCCACUCAUUCCUCCAGCCAACGCUUCAAGCGACCAAUACGACCUGGAGGCUCGAACGGCGCGGCCGCCGCGAAUGACGAUGACCUACGGCCCUGGUCGGAACGAUUUGCACCCACAAACCUCGACGAGCUCGCUGUACACAAGAAGAAGGUGACCGAUGUACGGCGAUGGCUGGACGACGUGAUGCACGGCCACCUACGGCAGCGGCUGCUCGUUCUCAAAGGUGCCGCCGGCACAGGAAAGACGACGACCGUACGGCUGUUGGCCAAGGAUAUGAACCUGGACGUUCUGGAGUGGCGCAAUCCGACCGGUGCCUACGCGGCUGGUGCCACAUCCAUGGGGUUUACGUCGGCGGCCGCCCAGUUCGACGAGUUUUUGAACCGCGGUUCCAAGUUUUCUCAGCUCGACCUGGAAGACACCAGUUCGGACAGCGACGACAGCACGUCGAGACAAACGGCAAGAACGAAUGGCAACAGUAACGAAAACGGCAAAUCAAGCGAUCUCUCGACACCUCGGCGGCGCAAGGUCAUUGUCAUUGAAGAGUUCCCAAACACUUUUAUGCGCUCGUCGAGCGCGUUGACCGGUUUCCGCAACAGUGUACUGCAAUAUCUGGCGACCAACACCCCAUCGUUAGCGGCAUACGCGCAGCGGCGCGCAUCAUUUGACCCGGACACCAUUGCGCCUGUAAUUAUGAUUGUUUCCGAGACCCUGCUUACAACUACAUCAGCCUCGGCCGACAGCUUCACGGCCCACCGCCUCCUCGGCCCCGAAAUUCUCCGACACCCAGGCACUGGCCUCAUCGAGUUCAACUCCAUUGCGCCGUCGCUUCUCGCAAAGGCCCUGGAGCUGAUUGUACAGAAAGAGGCCAGGAAGUCGGGCCGGCGACGGACGCCGGGCCCGCUGGUCCUCAAGCGUCUUGGCGAGGUUGGCGACGUGCGGAGCGCUGUGGCGUCGCUCGAGUUCCUUUGCGUCAAGGGCGAUGACCAGGGCGACUGGGGCGCCAAGGUGGCGUUUACGAAAAGCCGCAAGGGACCCAAGGACGCGGCCCUCACCAAGGGCGAGCGUGAGACGCUUGAGAUGGUCUCGCAGCGCGAAGCCAGCCUCGGUGUCUUCCAUGCGGUUGGCAAGGUCGUCUACAACAAGCGGGAAGAUCUGCCGCGACCGCCAGACACUGAAGAAGCCCUGGCCGAGAUGCUGCCAGACUAUUUUGCGCACCACGCCCGGCCCAAGCGCACGCUCGUCGCCGCUGAUACGCUUAUCGACGAGAUUGGUACCGAUACCCACACCUUUAUUUCCGCCCUACACGAGAACUACGCCUUGUCGUGCGAGCAGACCGGGCCUCACGAUCCCAUGUCUUCCAUCGACUACUUAAAUGGCUGCAUCGAGUAUUUAUCUGAGAGCGACCUGCUGUGCCCGACGUGGGACAUUUUCUUUGGCGGACGCGGCUCGAACCGGUCGAAUUUUGGACGCGAUUCGGGCAGCCACGUAUUGCGGCAGGAUGAGAUGGCUUUCCAGGUGGCCGUCCGUGGCCUGCUCUUUUCGCUGCCGUCGCCCGUCAAGCGGUCGUCGGGCGGGCACUACCAACGAGGCGACGGCGGGAAUGGUAACGGCAGCGGCGUGGGCGUAGGCGCAGGCGGAGGCGGCAACCAGUUCAAGAUGUUCUACCCCAUGAGCCUCAAACUGUGGCGGAACCGAGAAGAGAUGGAGGCAUUGGUUGACGUCUGGUCGUCGAAACUGCUUCGGGGUGAGGUGGUUCAGCAAGGCGGUGGUCCACCGUCGACACAACAGAGCGGGGGCAACCGGGCGCUGUCGUUCCGCCGGCCUGCACCGCGGUUUAGCAGCAACGGCAACAGCAGCAGCCAGGCAUCGGGCUUUGGCCCGAGCUCGAGCCAAGCACGUGUGGCAACCACCAACGAUGACACCGACCGAAAGGGAAUCGUCAUCAAGAAGGAGCACUCGGACCACAGCGCGAGCAGUUUGGCCAAUAUUUCCGAGAAGACGGAGAAACCGUCACAAACCUCAUCGUCACCGCCACCACCACCGCUCCUCUCGCUCGGCAGCUCGGCGCGAAAAGAACUGUUGCUCGAACGCCUGCCCUACAUGGCCCUCAUCGCCCGUAGCAAGCGCUGCUCUUUCGGGUCCAUGGGCAUGCGCGACCUCGAAAAAGUGGUCUCGUUCCACGGUAUCGGGGCGGCCGCGGCAGCCACGGGCAACGACGAUGCCGACGAAGACGCUGCUGACGCAAAUUUUGGCAUUGGCGCUGGCAUGAGCAUGGGCGACGACGCCUGGGCCACCGACCGGCCAACGGACGACUCGCAGUCGAGCCCCCGCAAACCGCGGCGGCCGCUGCAGGCCUAUGGGCGACAACCAGCACCUCCACCACCACCGGCGAACGGGCGUGCUAGCAAGAUGCAGGUCAACGACGGCGAAGACCUGGAUGCGCUACCGGGGCUGCCCAUGUACAACCUGUACCUCAGCGACGACGAUAUCGAAGAAGUCGACUAA